CCAAAUAUAAUAACACUGAUAGGGUUGAAAUGUCACAGUGUGCAACGAAUGAAAGAAGCUUCCGCUAAAAAGCUAGCCGCAUAUUCUCCAUUACAUCCCAUAAAGCGUUCGUGUACAGGGAAUGUAGCUUUUGCUCCCAUUUUGUAGCUUCUUCAAUUUGCUCUCCUUCGGGCAUCACGUUAGUAGGCGUUGAGAGAGUGCGCGCCUGUGAGUGUGUGUGUGUACUUACAUUGCACAUCAUCCGUGCGUGGUAGUAUUUCUCGUGCCGUGCCUGUGUGUGGGAAAACCGACGUUGACUACUACGACGUUGUCCUCCACCUUCGAUCCGAACGGAUAGCUGUCAGGAGCGUAUACAGCAGAAGAUUUUCAUUCUCGUACCGUACAGUGUCGGAGAAAAACGUUCAACCCGUGUGUCGGUCGGUGUGUGCGCGCACUACAAUCCUAAUCAGUGGAAAAUCUUUCCCAAUCUUUGCUUGUGCGCUUUCGUUGCAGGUGUGAAAAAUCGUGAUCGUGAAAAUUUAGUGUUGUAGUGAAAAUCGUUCUCACAGCGGUUGUGCAAGGUGGAAAAGUGUUCAUUCGUUCUCUUUGGGUUAGAAAUCGAUUCCGAUUCUGAUUCCCGGAACGGCAUUAGGCUUUCCAGUACAUCCUUCUGAACGUCUUUUUGACUGGUGGGUUGGAAAAAUAACACAUAUAGAAAAAAAAUAAUUCAAUUCCAACCACAACCUCAGUUUUCAGAUUUGAGGAUAGAACAGCUAUAAAGCACCAUCUUCAAUUGUAAAGGUAGCUAACACGGAAUAAAGUGACCAUCAUACAUCCAACGUCAAGCGCCACAGUAGACCAUUCAUCAGCCCUUAAGCACAGAAAGUACUCAAAGUGCUCGGUGCUUAGAAAAUCAUCAAACGUACGGCAAAGUGUCAACGACCAUCCCAUCCCAGGCAUCCAUCAGCAUCCAUUUCGGGCGCCAAUAAACACGACACCAGCGCGCAAUACACGUACGGCCAGUCACACCCGUCUUACCCAUCCGCACAGAUACACCCACACACACACACGCGCGCGGAAGUCAACUAAGCCGCCACUCGGGUGCGUAGCGUAGUUGUCUUCACUUUCGUUCCGUUCCGUUCAAUAUUAGCGCCAUAUCUGACGCUGGGUGCGGGCGAAUCUGCGCCCCGCCAAAGCAGGAUCCACAAGCCGGCACACUGUCUUUCGCAAGUUUCAAGAGUAGCUUUACCAGCAAUGUUAAUUUCCUGAAGCGCCGUGAUUUCAUUGGCAGAUUCAGCUCGGGAGACCUGUCUUCCGAGUGCGAGGAUGUCGAUCCGAAAGACCUGCCACCCGCAGCUCGCCCACAGCCACCGCUUCAGCAGCAACCGAUGCCGGGAGGUCCGCCGAACAUUCCGCCCCCGCCGGCUCCCGGUACGGCCGGGUCCGUAUCGCCGGGCGGUCCCGUACCGCCCGGUUCCGCCCCACCGACCGGUGGUCCGGAACUUUCGCUAAGCUUCGGCAAGGGACCGGCCCAGCGCGGCACGAGCGCACCCUCCAGUCCGGCCAAAUCGCGCGAAAGCUUACUGCAGCGCGUCCAAAGCUUAACCGGUGCGGCCCGUGAUCAGGGCGCCUCCAUUAUAGGAGCGGCCGUUUCGACUGCCAGCCGCGUUCAGCCUUUUAAUAGGGACAAAUGCUUCACGCUGCUUGUGGUGGACGAUCAAAACACGGACUGGUCGAAGUACUUCCGCGGCAAGCGGCUGCACAGUGACUACGACAUACGCGUCGAGCAGGCUGAGUUCCGCGAGAUCAUGCUGACGGCCAGUGCGGACUCGGGACCGAUGGUCGGUUGCAAUCGGGGCGGUUCCAAGCAAACCAAACCGUUCCGUCCGGACUUUAUUCUGGUGCGUCAGCCACCGCGCGAUGGCUCGAAGGACUAUCGUUCGACGUUGCUCGGGCUAAAGUAUGGCGGUGUGCCGAGCAUCAAUUCGCUGCACUCGCUUUACCAGUUCCAGGACAAACCGUGGGUGUUCGCUCAUCUGCUGCAGCUUCAGCGCCGUCUUGGUCGCGAUGCAUUCCCGCUGGUCGAGCAGACAUUCUUCCCGAACCCGAAGGAUAUGUUCACCUGGACACGGUUCCCAUGCGUUCUGAAGGCAGGCCACUGUCACGGUGGCAAAGCAACCGCCAAGCUCGACAACCCCGGGGCGCUUCAGGACGCAGCUGGCCUACUGUGCGGUACGGGACUCUCGGACAACGGUUCCUACUGUAGCCUGGAGCCGUACAUCGAUGCCAAGUUUGACGUACACAUCCAGAAGAUCGGUGCCAGCUACAAGGCGUUCAUGAGAAAAUCCAUUUCCGGCAACUGGAAGACGAACCAGGGUUCGGCCAUGCUCGAGCAAAUCCCAAUGACGGAGAAGUACAAAACUUGGGUCGACGAGGUGUCCGAGCUGUUCGGUGGUAUGGAGGUGUGCGGCGUUGCAGUGAUCGUCUCCAAGGAGGGCAAAGAGUUUAUCAUCAGUGCGGCCGACUCUACGUUCCCGCUGAUGGGUGACACCCAGGAAGAGGAUCGUCGCCAGAUUGCGGAUCUUGUCGUCGGCCGUAUGCAGAACGUGUGCCGCCCAUCCAUGAUGACGAAGGCCGUUUCGCGCAGUUCGAUCUCAUCGCGUGGUACUAGCCCAACGGAAGAUGCACCACCGGUACCGAUUGGUACGCGCCCGGUACCGGUUGGUGGUGGUCCACCACCGAUUCCGGAGCGCACAACGCCGGGCGUUGGUUCGAUCGGUCGUCACGGUAGCUUCAGCAGCCAGUCGGGUGAACCACCGGAGCAACCGUCCGAAAGGGCACCGACUCUGAACUCUGUGGGACGACGUGAUUCGCAAGCAUCUCAAUCGAGCAGCGUGUCGGGCAUAUCGUCGGCAUCAGCAGCCCGGUCCGGUGCGGGUAAAGCUCCACCAUCCACCGCAACCGGUGGUCCAUCGGUUGUGGAAGACGCGGAAGAUACGAUGAAAAAUCUGCGCAAAACUUUUGCCGGCAUCUUCGGUGACAUGUAGGAUUUGGCUAAGAAGAAGAAACAAACCCGCGGAGCGAAUGACAUCAGCAGCACUGCCGGCAGCGCCACCGGUAGCGUUUUAAGCACACGCGAAAGCUCCAUCGAUAGCGUGAUCGUGCGACCAACUGAACCGAUCGAAAAGCCACCCGGCGGACCCGGUGAACGACCGAUCCUGUGCAACGGUGCUCCCGGGCAACCGUUCAGCGCGAUCGGUACGAUCGGCACAACCAUCAACGCCGGCACCACCACCACCAUCACCUCCGGCAACAUGGCCGUCGCCGGCAGCAGUGUACAUAAAGUGAAUGUUUCUUCUUUGGAUGGUACCAGCGCAUCCAGCAGCAGUGGCCAAAGUUCCAGCAGCAGCUCCGCGGAACCGAAGCGCCCGGCGUACGAUCCGGCGCUGAGCGAGCGCAUCAAUCCCUUCGACAAGGACAGGAUCGUUGGUGCCGGCCGUGGCACCAGCAGUGGCAGCGACAGCAGCAUUACCAGCAGCGUGGGCAGCAACACAACUAGCAGUAAGAUCACAACCAACGACGACACCGAUCGUUACACAAUACAGCAAGGUAUCAGGGAACAACCAUCGCUAACCGGGCGCUUCCAGGCACCGGCAGCCGGUGGUGGUCUCGGUGCAGCCGCCGUCCCAUCGCCGGUCACCCUGCCCGCCACCUUCAGCACUACAGCAGCAACGACCGCUUCCGCUACUUCCGCCUUCCCGUCCUCCUCCGUUUCGUCCUUCUCCGUGUCUGGCUCGUCCGGGUAUUCGAGUGCCACCAGUACCGGCUUUUCGACACCGUCGGCACCACCGGCGGCGGCGGCGGCGGCGGCGACCAGCGAGCAGAAGAAGCAAGAGUUCGGCCGUACCAAGCGCGCCUCGUCCGAUGCCGAGAUUAUCUUCGGUGACCGUGGGCCCGAUUUCUACAGCAAGCGUUUGGAUCGUGCCGGCAGCCGGGGUGAGUUCCGACAGCGCACCGAAUCACUCACGGAUGCGGAACUCAUCUUCGGUACCAGUGCCGUUACUGGGCCGGCCACACCACCGAACAGUGCGGUUCCAUUCUCACCGGCGGCCAGCAGUCCGGCACCGGCCGGCACACGGUACGGUGCGUACGGAAGCCGCGAUAGUGCCAGCUUCAGCAGUACAACGUCCGAUACGGAGUUUGUGUACGGCAGGAAGGAUCCGAGCGUGCUGACGAAGAGCAUGUCCGUCGCAUCCGAUCGGUCGGCCAGUGCUAGUAAACCCUGGGCAAGGGUUGGCCCACGGGACGAUGAGGAGGAGUUCGAUUUAAAGUAAACUACUUGGCUUCUUAACCCUAACCUCACCGUUUCUUCUUCUACUUCUACUGUUUCGCUAUUUUCCCAACAAAAAAAAAUUCCUCCCGAGCAGACAGCUGACUGGAGAACAUGGAGGAGAUAGCUUCCAAAUUU